AUGACAAACGAGAUCCCGCCAUAUGACGUCCAUUCUGAGGCUGAGGCUGAGGCAGAAGAACAAGUCUCUGCGGACGAAGUACAAGGGCAAGAUGCCCCUGGAAUUCCAGCAGACCAGGUCAACGAAUUGCAAGAGAAGUUUGGCGUUCAGACAAUACAAGAUCCAACUCCGCAGGUUUUACCCUCCGACAAGGAGCUCGUUAGCGAAUUUCCGGACAAUUCUCCUGAAAUCAGCUUGAUCCAAUUCAAAAUCAGAGACCUGGGCGAUUUGGAACUCGAUCGGUUUACAGACCUUGAACGGUUGAUUCUUAGAGACAAUUUACUGGAGAGUGUCAACGGGCUCAAGCUGAUUCAAAACAAAGAGAAGCUGGAGGAGCUGGACCUUUACGACAACAGAAUCAAGCAUAUUUCGAAACAUAUUAAUGAGUUCACUAACUUGACAGUGUUGGAUCUGUCUUUCAAUAAUAUCAAAACCAUUAAGCAUUUGGAGAACCUUACCAAGUUGGAGCAUUUGUAUUUUGUUCAAAACAGAAUCAAAGAGAUUCAGAAUUUGGACACUUUGAAGAACCUCAAGAACUUGGAACUUGGAGCCAAUCGUAUCGAAGUCAUUUCUGAGCAAUUGCUACAGCUACCUAGCCUUGAACAAUUAUGGCUCGGUAAGAACUUGAUCACCAAAUUCGAAAACCUGGAGAAACUGAAGAAGCUCCGUGUUUUGUCCAUCCAGUCAAACAAGCUCACCAAGAUCGAAAACUUGGACCAUCUGGAGAGUCUGGAAGAGCUUUAUUUAUCUCACAACAAAUUGACCAAACUGGAAGGACUCGAUAACCUUUUCAAUUUACAGGUUCUUGACGUGACGUCUAAUCAAUUGACAGAAUUGUCGAAUCUGAGCCAUCUUACAGAAUUGACCGAUUUCUGGUGCUCGUACAACAAGAUCGACUCGUUCGAGUCCAUCAACAAAGAGCUGGCAGGUCUUCCUAACUUGGAUACCGUGUAUUUCGAAGGAAAUCCUAUCCAAUUGAACGCUCCCGCAUUAUACCGGACCAAGCUAAAGCUGAAUCUCGGUAAGUCUUUACGGAAAAUUGACGCAAUGUACUUGAGUUAG